GGAAAAGCCGUUUGUCUCAACUGCCUCUCAACCGAAUGAAAGCUUAGAGAGAGAGAGAGAGAGAGAGAGAGUCCAAUCCAAUGGCGUCAAUGGUCACCUCUCCUUCUUUCACUGCUGCUUCUUCCACCACUGUCUUCUCUCACAACAAAACCUCUGCUUCUAAUCUUAGACCCAAUGUGAAGACUUUAUCAUCUUCCAUAAUGGGUGCACAAUUUAGUAUAAACCGAUCAACAAGAAGGUGUCACAUUACAAAACGCUGUCGUAGUGGCGUCACAUGCUUGUCUACUUCUCCUUCUGUUCUUCCAUCAGCGCUUCUCUUCGACUGUGAUGGUGUGCUUGUGGAUACUGAGAAGGACGGCCAUCGCAUUUCUUUCAACGACACAUUCGCCGCAAGGGAAUUGGGCGUUACCUGGGAUGUGGAUUUGUAUGGUGAAUUGCUCAAAAUUGGUGGUGGAAAAGAGAGGAUGACUGCCUACUUUAACAAGACAGGCUGGCCAGAAAAGGCGCCAAAGAGCGAAGAAGAAAGAAAGGAUUUUAUAGCUUCACUUCACAAGCAAAAGACGGAAUUGUUCAUGGUCCUUAUUGAGAAAAAGUUGCUGCCUCUCCGACCUGGUGUUGCAAAGUUGAUUGAUCAGGCUUUGGCAAAAGGAGUCAAAGUUGCUGUGUGCAGCACGUCCAAUGAGAAGGCGGUUUCUGCUAUAGUUUCAUGCUUGUUGGGGCCUGAGCGAGCAAAAGAAAUCCUGAUAUUUGCAGGAGAUGUGGUUCCUCGUAAAAAGCCUGAUCCGGUAAACUUCUCAUCUUGCUUAACUGAUGAGUUAGAUGGUAUCUGAAAAAGUAUGGAAUCAUAUUGUUUGGUUUUUAUUUUCAUAUAUUCGCGGAUGAAAUUCCAGUUUUCAAAUACGUUAUCAUUAGUCAUCAGACAUGAAUAUUAGAAUGUGCCUUUGUAUUUUGUAGUCUUAAAACGUUUGUCCUUGGUAUGGAGUGGACUCAUUUCUUUUUUUGUAAAGUAAAAGCUUGGGUAAAAAAAUUCUGUUGCUGGGACGGGGUGGACUCAUUUCAAGUUCUAAGAGCUCAAUUUUCUUGCCAAGUGACAACAGACUAUUUUUAUGUUAUAUAGUUUCUUCUUCAGCUCCCUUACUAUGUUCUAAAUUCGAGUUCUCGCAGAAAUGUCAUGUUCUUCUUGAUCAAAAAUGGGAUGAUGAGAUUCAUGACUGAACUACUUAAAUCUUUUUGGCAGGCCAUCUAUUUAUUAGCAGCCAGCACUUUGGGUGUUGAACCUUCAAGUUGUGUUGUGGUCGAAGACAGCGCCAUAGGCCUUGCAGCUGCCAAAGCUGCUGGAAUGAAAUGUAUAGUAACAAAGAGUGGAUACACCGCAGAUGAGGAUUUCGUAAAUGCUGAUGCAGUUUUUGACUGCAUUGGAGAUCCUCCAGAGGAACGAUUUGACUUGGAAUUCUGCGGAAGCCUUCUUGAGAAACAGUAUGUAAGUUAGCUCGUAAUCAGUAAGAAAAUGUAUCCUAGCAGUUCUAUUUGAUGUGUUCUUUCUGCCUCUAAAAUAAGGCAAUGUUGUGUCACGUAACGCUAGAAUUUAGAGAUGCCAAUUAAUUUUGACGACUUUGUGAAGCGUCGAAAUUAUAUUCAGCAUAAAUCAACUGUUGUGUAAUAGAAGUUUUGGUACUGUAAAAUGUAUAUGAUAUGUAAAAUUUGUGAAUGCUGUCCUUUUUGGGUGAUGAUCUCUUGCAACUUUUACUUGUUUCUCAAUCUUG